AUGUAUUCCGAUAACGGAACUACCUUCGUCGGCGCUCAAAAUCAGCUUAAGGAAUUCUUUGAAUUUCUAAAUAAAGACCGAACGCAGGACGAUGUAAAACAAUUCCUUCGCGAUCAACAAAUUAGCUGGAACUUCAUUCCUCCUCACUCGCCACACUGCGGGGGUUUAUGGGAAGCAGCGGUGAAAUCUGCGAAAUACCAUAUGACGCGCGUUAUUGGUAACGCUCAUUUAACGUUUGAGGAGAUGCAAACAAUUCUCUGCAAAAUAGAAGCAAUUUUGAACUCACGUCCUAUCACCGCGUUAAGCACAGAUCCAAAUGAUCUUUCUUAUAUAAGUCACUUCCUGAUUGGCGCCGCUAUGAAUAGUUCCCCUUGUCCCGACCUAGGUGAUGUAAACGAGAAUCGCUUGGUACGAUGGGAGCGAGUGGAGCAGCUCAGACAACACUUUUGGCGCAGGUGGAGCUGUGAAUAUUUAAAUUCACUACAAUCCCGCUCGAAGUGGAAGUCUGAUAAGGGUCCUCAAUUGCAACCAGAUCAAAUAGUGCUUUUAAAACAGCCAAACUUCGCUCCGUUGCAUUGGCUGCUAGGGCGCGUGACAGAAAUUCACGUCGGAGCAGACGGGAUUCCGCGCACUGCGACUGUUAGAACCACCAAAGGUUCUUUUACGCGAUCUUUGUCUAGCUCGCAAUAG